UUCACCAUACGAAAGAAAGAAGGAAACCUCAUCGUCUUUCUAACCGAUUUGAAGUAUUUCUGUUUCCAGAUGGACCCUGAGACCAAAACAGGGAAGGCUUACCUCCAACCACACAAAGCUGGCAAAAAAUGGAAGCCGGUGUGGUUGUCUCUGUUUCCUCCCUGCAGUGGGGGGGGUCGCCUUGAGAUCCAGGAUAUGGGAGGUGCUGGAGGCGAACAUGUGGCUGGUGUCAGGAGACACCACCAGCCUCAUGGGGACAGGAAGCUGAAGGUGGUCCAACUGUCCGAGCUGAUCAGUGUCCUCAGACUCCCCCCCAACGCUGAGGCCUGUCCCAUGGAUAACAUGUCAGCAUUUUGUGUGGAGACGCGGGACAGGACCAUGGUGUUUGCUGUGUUAAAAGACGACUGCGUGGAGUGGGUCGAAAAACUUUGUCCCAGCACGUUUCAGAAAGGUGACGGCUCAGGUUCUACUCAGAUUGAAAUGGAGGAGAACCAGAUAUACGCCUCAGUAGAUGAAGCCUCAGAGUUCUGGGUGACGGUUCAGAGGACUGACGCGGCGUGGCGCUGCGGCCUGAAGGGGGCGUAUUGGCUGCAGGUGGGGCGAGAGGCACUGCUACUGAGGGAAACAGAGAAGAAGAACACUGUUAGAGAAUGGCCCUACGAACUGCUGAGACGAUAUGGAAAAGAUAAGCUGGCCUUAACCAUUGAAGCAGGUAGACGCUGUAACUCCGGUCCAGGAACAUUCCGCUUUGAGACACAGCAGGCUGAGAAAAUAUUCUCCCUGAUUCAGAGUACCAUCAAAUCGAAGACUUCAACGGUGCCUCUCAGCAACCAAAACCAAGAGGGGGAGAAAGUUAUCGUGACCCGCAUAGGGGCUCAUUCCCCUCUCCCCAAAAUACCAGAUGGGACCUUUAUGGCUGCCGUUGUGGAGAACAAAGUGAGGGCACAGGAAAGUAAAUCUGCUGCUUCAGAAGAGAGCGCACAUGCCCAGGGAGAUUCGCUUAUUUCAUCAGAGAGCGUGUCAGUGCAGCCAGCUCCUAUCACACUGAUGCCCCUUCCACUGGUACCCACACAUAACAGUCACUGCGGAGCUCCACUUGGUGGCCAAUCAGAAGCUGUAUAUGCUGACCCUGCUGACUGCAUGCAAUCUGUACCAAAAAUGCCAUCGGCAACAGCUCUGUAUGUAGACCCUGCAUGUGUGUUACCCCUCAAACCCCCAGGUUUAAGAGAAUCUGUCACCCCCAUUAACUCCUCUGCUCAAAAGCCAUGCUUUACCACCCAUCAACCAGAGUCUGUUUACUCAGAGGUGUACGACAAAAUCAGUCUGGUCCAGGAUACUGUCACUCAGCGCAAAGGAAAAUGUAUACCUUUUGCAGAUGAUGAACCCAUUUAUGCUGAGCCAAUAAGUAAGAAGGAGGCAGUGUCUCAUAACAAUGAAAGCAAACCUGACCCAUAUGCCCACCUUUAUGCUCAAGUCUGCAAAACAAAACCACCAUUUAGUCUUUCUUCAUCCAGUAACACCACCCCUUCCUGCUCUGUGUCCUCUUCCUCUCUUACUGACAGUAUGAGCCCAGAAAAUGAUGAUAUCAUAUACGAAAACCUGGGCAUCAUUUGAUAAGUUAUUGUAGCUUUAUACUCAAAUGCCAAAACCACAUCUAUGUAGCCUGAUAUAUGUUUGUCCAAUGACUGCCAGAGACCAUGGCAGUUGAAAAACACUGCAACUAGUUUGCAUUAUAAUGCCUGGCUGUGCUUCCUGUUGUGUGUAUGCUGUAUACAAACUAUUAUUCAAUAUUUCUGAAGAAAAAAGGGGGCUGCGAAACCAUUCAACCCACAAUGCAACUCUGUCGCUGACAGUUGGGUGUGAUGCAAGUAGCAGCUAAUAGCCUGGAACAUCUAGCAUGCAGCAGAGAUGGGCAGCAGGCAACAGAGGUCACUAUAGUCAGUAUGUUUUAACCCAGUGAAACAGGAUAGCAUUUUGUAAUGCCAUAGAUUUCAAAGUAUAUUAUAAGUAAAUGUUUGCUGAUGAUGUUGUUCUGUUGAGAUGAGACUUUUUACAAUGAAAAAGUUGGAUUUUUUAAAAAUAAACUUUGUAUAUUGGUGUAUACAUAUUUCUGUAUAAAUAUUAAUUUCUGUAGUUUGGGUUCAAAGUAGUACCACUAACACACCAAUACCAUUUACACUGUAUAUAAUGUGAAAAAAUCCAACCCAUUGUUCACAGUAUAUAAUUAACAAUAAAAUAUGUAACUGAAAAAUAAAA